GGCACGGACGACCAGCGACCAGCGACCACGACACGACCACGACCAGUCCCAGUUCCCAGUCGAAGUCUGUCAGUCAAACGCUUCGCACGUCCGCAUCCACAAAUGCCGCGUUUCCGAACCCGCGUCAAACUCAAGUGAUUAUAAUAUCAUUUAUUAAUCACUACAAAACAAAUGGGAUAAAAAAGACGAUUAGCAAAAGACAAUAAUUUUUUUAUUAAUGUGAUAGAUUUUUACUAGUAAAAUAUAAUUUUGCUUUCGUGUGAUAUUAGUUCGUAAUUUAGUUAAAUUUAAUUAGAGUUUAGUGGAUAUUUGGACGGCUUAUUUUGUGUUGUGGCAGCCGCGAAGAUGGAAGAACAAGCAGAGAUCAAGGAGCGGCUGCAGAGGGCGCCGUUCGAGACCGCGCUGCAUCACGCCGGAUACGGCUGGUUCCAGUGGCUGCUGUUAGGGUCAUGUGGCGCUGUGUACGCUGUUUGUGCGCUCAGUACUACCACGCUCAGCUUCGUGCUGCCCGCCGCCGAGUGCGAUUUCAUGCUCUCGUCCUCCGAUAAGGGCCGUCUCACCGCCACGCCGCUCAUCGGGAUGUGCGUGGGCUCGUACUUCUGGGGCAACUUGGCGGAUGCUCGCGGCCGCAAGAAGGCGAUCGUGGGCGCGCUACUGCUGGACGCCUGCGCAGCAUUCCUCUCCAGCAUCGUGCAGUCCUUCCCUGCCUUCCUCGCCUGCAGAUUUUUCUCCGGGUUCGGUAUAAUUGGUGCGACAGGGUUAAUCUUCCCCUACUUCGGGGAUUUCCUCUCAUUGCGGCAUAGAGACGUCAUGCUGUGCAGGCUCGAGGUCUUCUGGACCAUCGGGACUAUAUUAUUACCAGGUAUCGCGUGGCUGAUCAUCCAGGACCCGCGCUUCAACCUGACGGCGCUGGACGCGGAGUUCCAGUACAAGUCGUGGCGCGUGUUCGUGGCGGCGUGCGGGCUGCCCAGCCUGCUGGUGGUGCUGCUGCUGGCGCCCUUCCCCGAGAGCCCGCGCUACCUGCUGCACGCCAACAAGCCGGAGCAGGCGCUGCACGUGCUGCAGCGCAUCUUCAGGGUUAACACCAAGCUGGAAGAGAAAGAUUUCCCAGUGGAGUCGAUGAUGUGCGCGGGCGAGGGCGCGGGCGAGGAGGAGGAGGUGGUGUCUGCGGACACGAACGGCAACGAGACGAAGGCGCCGCUGACGUGGAGCGCGCGCUGGCACGCCUUCUGGCUGCGCAAGAAGCUGCUCGUGACGCCGCCCUACAUCGGCCUGCUCGUGCUCUGCUGCUUCGUAGACUUCGGCCUCAUGUUCAGCUACUACACGCUGAUGAUGUGGUUCCCGGACCUGUUCGAGCGCUUCAGCCAGUUCUCGUCGCUGUACCCGGGCGUGUCCGCCGGCGUCUGCGAGGUCUCCGCCAACGUCUCCCGCACAGAGAUCGACGGCCGGCCGGAGUGCCCGCAGGUGAUAGACGACAAGGUGUACAUCCACACGCUGGUGGUGGCGCUGAGCUGCCUGCCCACCGCGCUCUGGGUCGGCCUCACCAUCAACAUGCUCGGCAAGAAGCUCAUGCUCGUGUGCGUGCGCAGCGCGACGGCGAUGGCGGUGACGGUGAUGAGCGGGCGCGUGGGCGCCAUCGUCGGCAACGUGGUGUUCGGCGCGCUCGUCGACCAGCACUGCGUCGUGCCCAUCUACAUGUUCGGCUCCUUGCUCAUCUCGAGCGGGAUGCUGUGUAUAAUCCUUCCGAAGAGCACGCGACCGGAGCGGCCGCAGUGAAAAAUUAUUUUAUUUUUAUAUCAAUAAUUAAUAUUAAUAUAAUUAAUAUAGUCUUACAAUGUAUAAGUAUCA